AUGAAGAAGACUGAGGAUGCUAAGUGUCAAAUGUUCUAUGAUCAGUUGAAGCAGCUAUUGAUGAGCAUUCUUUUUCUUGAUGCCUUCCAAGAGAUGCCAGGUUUUGUGAACUAUUUGAAGGAGUUGUUGACAAAGAAGAGACCUAUCAAACAUGUCACUGUGAGUCUGACUCAUCGUGUUAGUUCUAUCAUAUCUACAACCAGUGUUCAGAAGAUAGAGGAUCCAGGGUCCUUUACUAUUCCAUGUUCUGUUGGUCACCAUGAUUUUGCCCGUGCUUUAUGUGAUAAUGGGGCUAACAUUGACCUCAUGCCGCUUGCUAUCUAUAAGGAAUCAGGGUUAGGAAUGCCUAGACCUACCACCAUGCGACUACAGAAUGCCGAUAGAUCUAUAAAGAGGCUAAUUGGGGUUGUUGAUGAUGUGCUUAUUCGAGUUGGCGAAUUCCUUCUACCGGUAGAUUUCGUAAUUCUUGAUUAUGCUGUUGAUUGA